AUGCAAGUGCUUACCUCUCCUCUUGAUUUCGCUUCCGUGGCCAAGUCCCUGUCGCUGUCCGCGGCAAAUUACAAGCCCGUUCCCGUGAUUCCCCACAAUACUUCCCACAGCGUCAAGGGCAGCCGUGUCUCGCAGUCCCAGGGGGGCGCCGAGUACCUCGAUCCCGAAAAGUACGGCUAUCCUUCUGUUCUCAGCAUUCCCCCUACGCAGGGCCGCGUCGCAAAGAAGACGAGCGGCGGCGAAACGGUGGGGAAUGGGUGCGAGGUCCUUGAUGAGUACACGCCCAAGGAGAGCAUACAAGUCUCGUUUCCCAGCUAUAACCAGACGCGCGCCAAUUUGAUGCGCUACCGAAAGCAAGUGGGUGUCAAUGGCGGCUCCUGGUUCGUUCUUGAAGACUGGAUGGCUGGCUCCAUGUUUGACUGUGCCGUGGACAAGAAGUCGGCAGAGAUGGACGUGUUGAAUGGAUACGGCACGUCGAAAACUGGGCUCCAGAGUGCACGCGCGCGUAUGGAGAAGCACUGGGAUACAUGGAUUGACGAGAGCGACUUUAGGCUCAUGAAGACGGCGGGUAUCAACACGAUUCGCAUCCCUAUUGGCUACUGGCUGGGCGGGUCCCAAUUCACUGCUAAUAGCGACUUUGCUUCCUACGGCGACGUGUAUGCAAACGGCAUAAAGUACCUGAACCGUGCGAUCAAGUGGGCCGACGAGCACGAUAUUGGAGUCUUGAUCGAUCUCCACGGCGCGUACGGCUCGCAAAACGCACAGUCGCACGCUGGCGUGAACCGAAACGUUGGUUUCUUCAACAACCACAACGAGAAGCUCACCGCCGACUUUUUGAUGUGGCUCACGAAAGAGUAUGCGGGCGUGACGAACGUGGUAGGCAUCGAACUCUUGAACGAGCCGCAGAACAAUGACAGGCUCUGGACGUUUUACAGCAACACGAUGGACAAGAUGCGCAAGGUGAACAAGUACGCAAAAGAUUUGCCCUUGUACUUUCACGACGCGUUUAGUCCAAAGCAGGGUGCGCAGUUUGCUUCAAAGCGCGACGACUUUGUGGUGCAGGACACCCACAGUUACUUUGUCUUUACGCCCCAGGACCAGAAGAUGAGUGCCAAGAAGCACACCUCGGAGAUCCAGGGGCCGCUGGCGCAGUCGAUGAAGCAGCAGUCGAGCACGGCCCGCGGCAAUAUGGUCGUCGGCGAAUGGUCCUGUGCACUCAAUCCGCAGUCUCUUGACGGAGUAAAGCAUAAACAGAGCGCCACGGCCAAGUACUGCCAGGCCCAGGUCGACACCUACCACGAGGCUACUGCCGGUACCAUGUUUUGGAGCUGGACGAUGGAGAACUGCAAACAGAAUGCCGGCUGGUGUUUCAAGGCUGCGCUUCCUGAUUAUAUGGACAAUGAAUACAAUGCUUGGGGUUUCAACAACCAGGUCACGAACAAGAUGAUCAAUAUGAUGAUGCAGGAUCUCUCGUCAACCAAGCUGCCGCAGUCAUACUCCACGGUGCGUGGGAACGCUGGCAUUGAGAGCAAGUCGCAGUGCGGUGCCUCGGCAGGCACGUCGGGUAAGGCAAGCUCGUCGGGCAAGGCAAGCGCGUCGGGCAAGGCAAGCUCGUCGGGCAAGGCAAGCGCGUCGGGCAAGGCAAGCGCGUCGGGCAAGGCAAGCGCGUCGGAUAGCUCGGACGAUACGGCUGGCGCGUCUGGUGCACGCAACGCACAAGUCAAGAAGGUCGAGACGGUCUCUAGCAGCCCCAAGCAUGGCCACUCCUCAAAGCAUGGCCACGCAAAGCAUUCGCCCCACGCAAAGCAUUCGUCCCACGCAAAGCAUUCGUCCCACGCAAAGCAUUCGUCCCACGCAAAGCACUCGUCCCACGCAAAGCACUCGAGCUCCAGUGCCCACUCUACGCACCACCACAAGCGUGACGAGUUUGUUGGCGGUGGUUUUGCUGCUCGUGCUGCACACCUUGCUCGGCGCCGUGUAGCUUCGAAGCAAAAUGCCCGUGACCUCGGCUAUGCGGACGGCUUUGUCACUGCCAAGUCAUUUGCCCAGCUCUUGGGACUCUCUCGUGUUGGUUUCAAUCAGCAGUAUAUAUCGGACACAUUGAGUGUGUACCAGGACGCAAAAGUGCUGUCCUCUGGCUCCUCGAGCGACUACCGCAAACAAUUCCGUCGUGGAUUGAAUGCAGUGGAGAAAGAGAUUACCAACGACGCAAGCAAAGCAACAAGCUCGAACUAA